AUGUCCGAAGCAACAAGACCGCCGGAAUUACGAGUGCUACAGUUUAACGGCGGCAUAAAGACUCAAGAUCCAGUGAGUGUACGUGGAAAUGUUCCAAGUGCACGGCUGAUCGACGAGAGUUCUGUACUUGUAGAUUAUACUCAAGAGUUGAUAAGUCUGCUGCGCGGCUAUCUCAUAAUGAGCGAAUACGAUAUGGAAGACAUUCACAAAUACGUGAAGGAAAAAUUACUGCACGAGCAUUUCAACGAGACGAUGAAUCCCACGAGGAUGAACGUUAUUGUACCGAUCAUCCCUAAGCCCACGCGCGAUAUCAUGGACCUUACUCUUCUGGCGGUGGGUGUCAGCUUAAAUGUUCUGUUCUGUCUCGUUAUCCUACGCAAUUCUUUCCUGCGGACUACCGCCAAUUGCUACAUAAUAAGCCUGAUGUGCUCGAACCUGCUAAUCCUGAUUGAACCGCUUCAACAAGUGUUUUACUGGCUUUUCGACGUGUAUUUCACGAUGAAUCUCGACUACGUGUUCUUGUUGACCUUCGACUCGUCUGUGCUGACGAUUGUUCAGCUCAACAUCGAGGCAUACGUGGUGAUCUGUCACAAAAGUUCGCCUCUUCACGCACCGCUCCUCAAAAUCCGCACGGCUGUAAAGGGCAUCUUGUUCAUCUGGAUAAUGUGCAUCGUACUGAUAUGUACAGAGUUGAAAUUAUACGAACACUUUGAGCAAGAGGUUAUGUACGACAUCUGCGUGUCGUCCACCUUUAUGUUCCUAGUGUUCCCCGGUUUUAUUUUCGUUAUGCUCGACUGUUUCAUUCUAUACGACCUGAUAACGAUGAAAUCAAUAGAUGGAACGUGGUCGAGCAUAGAUAUCGAGCGUUUCAUCCUGCUGGUCAACAUCACCGUUGGAUUCAUUCUAUUUAUGAUACCAUAUCGAGUUGUGAGAUCCGUCACUCUUAUAACGUCAUUUUGCUGCAGUGACUUGACGAUAGAGAUAGUCUAUACGUUGGUUAAAAUAUAUCCUAUAAUUUUGCCGCUAACGUGUCUCCUGAUAUCAGCAAAGUUUCGUCAAGCAUUUAAGCUAACGCUGAGUUGCCAACAACGCGAAAUUUCCGUCACGACAUGAAAGGUCGCAAAUACACUCGAAUAAAUACGACAAAAACGCUUCCGCAAUUCUACUCGAGCACCGCCCAAUAUAUUUUACCGCGCUCUCAGUAACAUCCGUCACUGAUAUAUGUCGCACUUUUGAAUAAUUUAUCAUCCCUGAGAAGAGAACUUAAAAUUCACGCGUGCAAUAAGCAAACACAUCCGCCCUCGCGGGAAGGGAAGAAAGAGGCGGACGGCCGGCGACGAGCGGAGUCUGCACACAAAUUUUCGAAUUCACUGAGCUCUCUGUAUGCAAAUUAGUUUCCCUUUAAGCCUCUGCUGCGAGAGCCAAAGUUGAAGCGGCAUUGUACUUAUGGGCGCGCUGUGCGUUUAUGCAAAUUAGGCGAUAUGUAUUUUGUUUCGUUUCUCUUUCUCUUGGAAUUAUAAUGCGUAUUGUUCAAGUUAAAAGUUUUCGCUUUCUAAUUAUGUACACGA